CGAAAGGAAUCAACUUUUUGAAUCGAAAGGGUAAAUCCACAAGGUUGUGCCCAAAAUUCUGCCUCAAAAACCUUAAGCUGGAGUUAAUGUUGUCAGGAUACAGUUAACACAGGUGAUUAAAUAUGCAUUUAAGUUGCAAAACGUACUGUUUUAAAAUAACUGCACCAAUGUAUAGAAUGGUUUCCGGAAGUGUUUCUAAUGUCAUUUUAUCUUGUUUGGCAUGGAACAAACAAGCCUGUUCGCGUGAUGACAUCUGAUAUUUUAAUGUCUAUCUGUUCAUUGUUUACAUUAAUUAAUGUUCUUGGUGCGUACCCUAUAAAAAUAAGGUAUGAAUACGUGAAGAGCAAUGAGGCGCAAAUUCGAGCGCUGUUCUUGUAAACGGACAUUUUCUCUAAGUUAUGAAAAGGAAGCUUCAUAACGUAGUGCCACCCUUUUUAGUGAUCGCACCAAAAAUUGUUGGGUUUACACUAACAUUCUGAGGACAGUGUACAGGAUGAUAGAAUUUGAUGUAUGAUUGUUCACAACUUACUGCUACUUGUUUUGAAAAGACUGUUGAGGCUAAAUUGUAUCUCAAGUUAAGUUUAACAUCCCCUCAUGAACAGUUUUAUAAUAAUAAGGUAUAAAACAGGUAUAGUAGAAAACAUUGAGCUUCAUUUGCUUGUCCUAUUGAAGUACGUUGGGACACAGGCGGCCCAAGCUCCAGCUUUGGAUGAUCAUCUUGCACAAUAACAGUCAUGGUGGAAUUAUAAGAGUUUGUAUGGGAAUAUUUACAACCAUUCUAAGGAAUAAAAAAAUACGUCAAAUUCUCAAAGAAAAUACCUCACCUUACUUCCACAGCAUAUUGCUUGUUAUCUGACCACUUACUUUAAUGAAAAGAAUGCAUUUUAGCAAGUUGUCCAUUUCGAGGUUUUCAAUGUACAUAAGAAAAGCCCAAGGCUGAACACUCCAUUUCCAAACACCCAAUCUGAGAAGCAAAAAAUUCCAGUGUAAAGUGACCAGGCGGCCACAAAUCCAAUGCAGAAUCCAAUCACAUUCACUGUAGUUUCAUUUCAAUUCACUACAAACUCAAUCUUCCCCAUGCAACUGAUGCUAAGCCACAGUUAGCUUAAAAAAUUUCCAGUUUAGAGGUUUCUAACAGCCCGCAUCCACCUCAACCUUGACACACGACCGUUGACAACCAGCUAGGUAACCUUGCCUCCUUUUUAAACUGAGCCUCGCUGGGGACCCCACUGUAACACAGCAUAAAGAAAUUGUCUUAGCACCAUGGGUGCCAAGUUACAGUGGGGUCCCUGGCGAGGAGAGGGUAUAAAAACAUGAAUUUCCAUAGGCCUGUAUUAUAUAUUUGCUUCAAUUUCUUUGUGUAUUUUGUUUAAAGGUUGUAAUAUAUAUAUAUAUAUAUUUUUUUUUUUUUUUUCAUUUCAAGCUGAGAAAUGAUGUAAAACUUUUUGUGUGUGGGUAUAAAACAGUGAUAGUCAUCCCACCUGCCCUGUCUCCCUUGUUAGCCUGAUUGAAAGUGAUAGCUUUGUGACAGAACAUAAUGAUUGCACUAUAAUAUAAAGACUGCACCCAGCAAAUGGUUCUUAAUGUUAAUCUCUCUUUUUAGGUCUUGGCCAUCCUGUACUGGUUUUUAAGAUUUGUUCUUCUUUUCUAAUGGCACACCAUCGCCCUUUGGGUGAUCCACUUUCUGGAAUAAGCCAGUGAGUAUAGUGUGUUAUUAAUGAAAGCAACUCUACGUGUAUUUGCAAUUGAUUUCAUUUUGUUUUAAAAACUAUGAAACUUGAUUUCUGUAUCCAAUAAGUCUGGUGUAGACUGGCACUUGCAAGUCAUAAUUCCCUAUGAAAGGUCUUAAUGACAAGACACAGUGUGUUCCCCUUUUCCAAACCAAUCAGAGUCAUUUUUUUGCAGUUAUUAUUACUUGCACUCAAACCAGUUCAAAUUUAAGGAACUCUGAUAUACAAACAAGUCAAUCACUCACUCACUCCCAUUCAGUUGUAAACACUGGUAAUUAGUCAUCUAGAACUUGCUCCAGCCUGCCUCCAUCACCCUGGAAUAAUAUCUGUGCACAAAUGAUUGCCAUGCUUGCUAUGACUUGUGGGAACUUCUUUGAUGAUGAAAUUUUCAUCAGAAGUUUAAAAGCAUUGGAGUCGUGUUUUAUGAUAGUGGAGCUCGCAGAGCGUAGCCCAUAAUUAUACAAAAUAGUAGUAACCCAUCAAGCUGAAAAAAUUUGGAUGUAUGACCGAAUGACCGUACGACCAUACGACCACACAAGGUGCUACUUUUAACAUGCAUGGUCAACUGUACCGUAGGCACACCAAUGCCACGGCUUUGUUCAGUAGUCCAGUGGUUAGUGUACUGGGCUUGGAGUCGGGCGACCCAGGUUCUAGUCGAGACAUGUGAGAAAAAAAAUGCGAGCUCCGCUUUUAGGCUUGGCUAAAUCUAUAUAUUAUAUACUUACAUUGUAUGAUAUUUGCUACAAUGAGAUGUAUUGUUUUAAUACUGGUUAGUGUGAUGUUUCUUAAUAUUAUUUUUUCCAUAUUUUUAAAUCAGGUAUCCAUUUCCUCCGAGGAAAGGUCAACAGGAUCUCUCCCCAGGUAAAAAAAGUCUUGUUGUAGUAAUUAUAAUUUUGAAAUGUGCAUUGUUUGUGUGUUGUCCUUUUAUGCUUCAUCUGUCAAUGAAUGGUAGUUAUAUACUUUUUUGCAUUUUGAUUUUUAAAAAUGACAGAAAACAUUACUUACAUUACUUUAGGAUAUUGGUUACAAGUUAAAAAAAAAUUGGCAAUUUAUAUUUGUCCUUGUUCAAAAGUUAACAUAAUGAUAAUAUAUUUGGAAUAAAUGAAAAUAUAACUUCAAGCCUGUAUUCAUUAAACCAGGCUCUAAACUAUCUGAAGUCAUGUAGAAAUUAUCACCUUAAUGUAAAGUUUUUGUAAAACUCUGGAAAAGGCUGCCUUAUAUUUAUCACCAAAAGGAAGAUCUAGUAAAUUUAAAAAACCCAUUAACAAGGAACUUUCAGAGUCCAUUGGACAUCAAAAAUUGUGGUCCACAAUAGAACUUGUUUGAAUAACUGAGCCAUUGGGACCUAAAUUCAUUCUAAGCAAUAGCAUUUGUGCAGAUGGUUUCUUGUACUAUCAUUAUUAGUGUCCAAGAGCUGAAGAGGCGUGUCAUUAUCAUAACAAUCUAUAGAGCAAGUACAGCAGUUCAAAUUGCUGAUGGGAAUUGUACAUAAUAAUGGUAAAUUAACAAAAGCUUGAGUAAAUACUACUGAUGGUAAAUUAACAAAAGCUUGAGUGAAUACUACCGAUGGGCUUGGUUAAAAUUAAAAUUUUCUGUAUAGCAUACAUACUAAGAUUACUUUUAAAGCAGGUACUCCACAUGUAAAUCAAUGGUAUACAAGAAAGUGAUGAUAAUAAUAACAAAAGUUUUUGUGCUGUUUUAAUUCUUGAUGUGCUUACUGUACAUUUCAGCUAUAAAACUGGUUGUCAAUACAAAGUAAUUAAAACACAAUUAAGUGAAAACAUAUAAAAUAAUUCUCGUAGUUGUUCCCACUGAUUAUUCCAAUUUAUACUAUAUUAUCAUGGACACAGGAAUAAAUGUUUCUCCUUUUAGAUGAAGCAUCUUAGCAGUGUUGUUCUAAGCACUAUUCACACUAAUUAAGGUAACUGCCCUAGCAACUGAGGCCUGGUUAUGUAAAUUAAAGUUGACAUAGGCCUCAGAUUCAGACUGUCAUUAGAUCUUGAGAUUUCUUUGUAGGUGGGGCUAGGGUUAAUAAACUUGUUUCUAUUUCAUUGCUAACUGAUGCUGUUCACAAAAAUAAAGUCAUGUUGAUAGAACACUUUGCUCAUGUGAAGAUGGUUAGAUGUACUUUGUUUUGUCAAACAACAACUGAAUGUUGUCUGCUUAUCAGGUCUUCAGAGUUCUGUGCAUAGUCAACCCAACUGUGUUUUUAGAAACCCAGUCUUGGUGUGUUAAUAUAAGGCCUUGUGCUUUUCUAAACUUUAGGUGGUAGGAAAAACAUGCCAGCUAUUGGCUCCCUGAGGAAAAAGUUGCCUGUUUUUAAUGAUGAUGGGGAAGAUGAUUAUGGAUCAGGUGGAAUGUACUUCAAUCCUUCAAUGUUUCCUCCACACAGACCAGAGAAGGAGGUUAAAGUUCAUACUCUGUUUAUAGCUUGUGAGAUUUUCUAGGCAUGAUUAUUAUUGCAUUAUCCAUGCACUGUUUGUUACUAACUUACAGCAUAGCCCUGAGUAAUAUUUGACUUUUCACUGUUCUUGAAUUAAGCUAUGUAUAAGAGUGUCUUUGAAGGAAAGAUUAAACUUAGGGUGGACAUCUAAGUAAUCUACAUUUUAGUUAUGUGUAAACUCUAUUUUUGAAAGGGUCUUGUCUCCUUUUCAUUUCUUGUGUAACAUUAUGUGUGUGUUGAUAUCAACCAAUCAUGACAGAAUGUUUCUUUUGCAGCCUCAUCUUGGGGGUCUUUAUGGAACGCCUUCUGGUAUGCAAUCACCUGGACCCCACCAAUCUAAUUUUUAUGGUUCAGGGCUCCCAAGCUCAGGUAUAAACUUUUAAGUUCAUCUAUCUUUUCACAAAUAACUUUUUCUUUACUAAAAGGAAUGAAUCCAAUCACAAGUGUCCAGUUUCACUGCUUUUCAUUUGGGGAAAACAUUUGUUCAGAAAUACGGUUAGGUAGCAGUUAUGAUCUGUUGAACAGUUAUUUGCAGCCCUGGCUAUGGUCAGGUCAUCAGAAGAUUUUUUUGAGCUAACAGAAACUGCUUGUUACUUCUAACAUUGGUAUUUAGAAAAUUAAUUAAGUUUUUAUUUAUGUAAGUGGGAAAUCCCACAUGAUAUCAUUCAGUUGGUAAGAUAAGUUCUAAUAAGCACAAAUUGAUGAGGUUUGCAUCAGAAAGCAGGUGAACACUUAGUUGACCAACAAGAGUAACUUAUUAAAGGUGAAUGAACUAGUGAAGAGAUGCAAAACUCACAAGGCUGUCUCUUCAGCGAUACACCUUAGAGUUAAGAAACUUUGCUUGGUGAAGAACUGAAUGUUUGAAGCAACCAAAACGCGGUUCAUCUUAACUGCCUCAAGUUUACUGAUAUGUGGUCCACAUUCUUUUUUUUUCAUGCUGAGUUUUUAUUGUUGGCAACUUUUGCAUUUCCUGUUUGUUUUGUGGUUUACAUGAUAUAUUGUUGUCAUUUGCUAGGACUUCCUCCAAAUGUCAAUUCCAUGCAGGUUCCACCAAGUGCUCCAAGAGGAAUGUCAUCUGCUCAGGUAUUUAUGAAAUUGAUUUUCAUGUAGAAGUUAAGCCUCCUGUGAAGCCAUUGGUUAAUCUUGGCAAGCAAAUCGUUCUCUACCUCAGCAAGAACAAGUUGGAUGAUGAGACCAAAUAACACAUCAAUGAUAUUACUCUAUACUGUCAUAAUUCACUACCAACCAGAAUUGGAUUUCUUUUUUGCCUCAAUAAAUAAGUUCUAGAGGUUACAAAAAGGAUUUGUAACCUGUGCACCAGUAUAUUAUUCCUAAUUAGUACACUUUGAUACUUCACUUAUUUAGUUUGGUAGAAGCUUGUCACAUCCUGGACCUACCCACUCCACAACAUCACUCAGUGGAAGUGUAACCACUCCAGGUGUUCCCAGCAUUCCAUCCAGUCUUCACAACAUGGUUGGGUCACAGGGAGGGAAUAUGUCAUCACAGUCAGCGAGGUAAACAUUGUAGAAUUAGCAAAAUGUGCAUUAACACUCUAUAACAGAUGUGGAGGUUGUACUGUUGGGUUUUUGUGGCUAUUUCAGUCAAGCAUCAAAGGGUCUCCAAGUUUUUAUCUCAUAUUCACUCUACAUUGUCAUUAUUAUUGUGACAGUCAUUGACAAAAGGUCAAUAUUAUUUCUGUGGUCCAAUCAUGUUUUAGUAAUCUUUCUGCACCCCCCUUCCCUUGUAAAAGAGACAAAAAUUCUACUCAUGUGUUAUUUUGUAGAGCUUUUGCCUUCUUAAAGGUUAAAUUAAUAUGUUAUGACUAAGAGAUAAAAACAAUAAAAUGAAUAAAUAAAUAAAUGAAUGAAUGAAUAAUGAUGUAUAAAUCAGCAAAGAGCAAAUUAUUAUCAGUUGCAACAACUCAAACAGAGGAACUCCAAAUUCUGGGCUAGGUACCUUAAGGUGAGUUCCUUGGUGGCUCUUGCACAAGCUCAUAAUAUGUAAUAAAGGCUAAAUGAAGGUACAGGCCCAACCUUAGAAAUAGGACUUUUAAUUACUGGGUUUAGCUCUUAUCCUGGAUUUUUACAAACAAUCAAUAGAUCAUGUUUUCCCAAUAGCACUGAGUAUAACCCUUGUUCAUUUGAUCUUAAUUGCCUGUUUGCAGUAGAGGGAUCCUGUCUAUGGGUCCUCGAGGAGUGAUGGGGCAAAUGCCACCUGGUCCUGGUCACUUGGGCAACCAGGGUGGGCUUAAUAAUUUGCCAAAGACAAGUAGAACAAUCUCCAUACCAUCAUCAUUAUCAAGGUGAGUUGACUUUAAACCUGGUUAGGGAAAUUUAAGACAAAGAAGAAAACAUGAUUGAAUAGCAAGGGUGUUGUUUGUCAGUUGAUUUGUUCCUGAGGAAUUUCACAGUUUUAUAUAACAUGUUCAGUACCAGGAUUCAUGCUGCUUGAGGAAGGUUAAAUUUGUUUCUUGGGUCCUGCAAAAGUUUUUGAAAGUGCUCAUUUUUGAGCAACUCAAUAUAGGGUUGGUACACUGUAGUUCAACAAGCUGAAUUUGGCUUCAGAUUUGAUAAAAGAAUAGAGGACAUUUACUCCUUUUAUUGGGUUUUUUACUGUAAAAUACAAAGGAGCAAGCUCAAGAAUUUUUCUAUCCUUUAAAACCCAUUAAAAAUAUACUAAUUUUUUUUUCAUUCAUUUUUUUUCUCUGGAGUUUAAACCCUGAUGAACUUCAACUUCUUUUGGGGUGAAUGUCAGAAAACCAGUUCAAGUUAAAUAAUGUUUUCAGCCAAGUAGAAAAAGAUAAAUAUUGCAAGGAACCAAUGGGAACCCUGAAGAAAUACUUGUAAGCUGACAGUAAAGUGGGAAAAUAUGACAGACCAUGUUACAUUUUCAAGUAGUUUUAAAUUUGUUUGGCUGGAGAGGCUCCUCAACUUUCUAGAAAAAAUUGCAAUGUACAUUGAGGGAAAGCAGUGUAAUAGUAGAUUACUUUCAUUGCUCAAUUGAAAUUGCUUGGUUUUAGUAAUGUAUUCACUGAUAUUCAUCCUGUUCCCUUAUUUAUACCCUUCAUGACCUAUAGCAGCUCCUCAAGAAGUUCACCAGUACUAGCAAUUGGAAUGAAUGCACCACAGACACCUCAACAAACACAUCAACAGAGAGGCUUUAACCUUGGGGGGUAUGUGGUGACGAAACUUUAUUCACAGUUGUAGCAGUGUAAAGUUAAAAGAAAAAAGAAAAUGCACAGUGGCUCUUUAAAAUAACUUUCAAAGGGUCUUUUUACCAUCCUACCUGUCUUCCCAAGAUGAAGCUUGGUCAGAAUUCUUAUUGAUGAUUUUCUCAUACCUCUGUAUUCCAAGUUUUUGUAAAAGCAUGACCCAUCAUUUCAUUACUCUUAGUAAGACAUUCACCUCUCUGAACUUUAGUCAACCUGUGAUGAGACAAAUCUUUUUGCAUGCUAAAUUCUUUUGGGUUGUGCAUUCCCAAUUAUAGAACACCUAUUUUCUUAUGUUUUGUGAUUGGAUAAUUCUUUACAUACAUGUAUUGUUGAUAAAUAAGAUUUUGUGGUUCAUUAAACGGUAAGAUCAGCUUCAGGGUACUUUUAGUAAAAUGCUAAGGUCAGGGGCUUCUUACAGCUUGAAGUCAGCCACUCUGGCAACCACCUACAUGUGUAAGUGAAUUUGUGAGAUCAACAUUUCUUGUAAUCUAUAAUUUAGAAAUAGAUCAGUGUUUGCCUCCCUCUAUAUAAAAUCCAUUACUUAUGCCUUUCCACUAAUUGAUGUUGUGUUCAUAAAUAGUAUCAGUAGUGGUGCUAGCAGCUCUGUUUCUGGUCCCAUGUCCAGUUUUGGUCUCACAAGAAGCCAAUCAACUAGUGGAGUGACACAGGUACUGUAUGUAUAUGAGUGCAUCUAUUGAGGAUAUGUCAAUCAAAAGACAGCAAGCUGUUUGAGAAAUUUAACAAAAUAAAGGGGUGUCUCCUGUGAUGGACAAGCAUUCCACCAUAGGAAGGUAAGCUGACCUGAGCACAUGCCCCUAGUCACUUGAUGCUCCAGGAACUGGAGAUGGGUGGUAGCAGUUAUGGGCCACUUAACCUCCAAGACUUUCCUCCAACCCUUUGGAUUUUUAAAAUUUUUCUGGUCCCAAGUCAAUUUUAAAUUGAUGUAGAUCCAGUUUGUUGUAGUUGAAUAGUUUAACUUGAUUGUUCUAGUAUUGGAAUGCAUGUAAUAUACUUGUAUCUUAGGAAAGUAACAAUUACCUAUUCCUUGUAAAAGAUAUUGAAAAAAAGGCUUGCAAUUUUUGCAGUACGUGUAGAUUGAGAAUAUUUUAAGAGAAUAUUUUAUGGUAUUUUAGAAAGGGUAUACUCUCUCAUAGUGAAAAAGCAUGUUGCCAUGAGCUCAGAUUCAGUUGUAAAGGGAUAUUAAUAAAUAUUCCAGGUCAGUUAUUUAAGCUGUACAAGUGUAAUAUCUGUGUAAUCUUUUUUUCCUUCUCUUCCUCUUGCAGGGUAUGGGUGGUUCUGGACUUCCUCUUUUUUCAGGGGCAUUUCAACCUCCUGGUAAGAUUUUCUUAUUAUUAUCAUAAUUGGGAAAGUAUUUUCUGUUAGUAUCUACCUUUUCUUAACUCCAACGGGCUUAAUUUCAGAAUACUUAAAAUCAGGUACUCUGGUUUUAUCAACUGAGUUGAUGAUGUAAUUUGGCUGCCAUAGAUAGUUUCUAAAACUGAUAUUUUGAGCAUUAGCCCUUUGUCAGAGUGAAUUAUCUUGCAAUACCCCACCAACACAGUACCACGGUUUCUAAGUAGAAACUUGACACUUUUAUUUGAAUAUGUAAUCAACUUUACUCAAGGGAAACAUGGUAACUCCUGGGAAUAGUCAUUACCAGACCUCUAUGAAUUCAUUUAAGCUGGACCAUCUUUCUCGUACUCAAAAUCACAUUUACACUGUACAUGCUGGAGAUUGUACAUUACAGGAUUAUCUUCAGCAAAAACUAUUGGAGGAAACCUCUCCCUAAUAGGUACAUUUGCAAGGAUUUAGAGGGAAUACAACCCCUCUUUUAUGAUAGUUUUUACUUGUCUUUAUGAUAGUUUUUACUUGUCUUUCCAAUUGCUGUAUUGUAAUGGAACAUUAAAGGAAGGUUAGAAUUAGGAAGAUGUCAUCUAUUAUUACCACUAAUUCACCUUAAUGUCAGUUUUGCUACCUGUAUUCUUCUAGUAUUGUUGAAUGAAGACUGAAAUCUUUCCUUCUUCCCUUUCUCUUGCAUCAUAGGUGCACCUGAUUCACCAAAAUCUCUUCGGCACAUAUUCUCAGGAGCUGGUCAAGGUAAAUCUUGUAAAACAACUUUGUAGGUUUUUUACAAAUUAGGUUUUUGUUUGUUUGUUUGAUUGUUUUUUUUCUGUCACAUAAUUCUAAUAGUGACCGCUAGCUAUUUUGUCAAAAAUACUGCACUGUGGAUCAAACUUUCGAGGAUGAAGCUUUGUUUGGGGUCAUUGGUAAUUGUUCUGUCAUUUUGGACGAGAUACUUUGCUUUCACUUUGUGUCACUGCACAAGAGGAAUUCUCUAAAGAAAACUGUUACUUGUGCAAGAGAGAACACUUGUCUCACGUGUUAGUUACAUCAUCCAUAGGACUCGCUGACGCGACACCAGGUGGUUCGGGUGGGUUAGACCUGUCAGAGUUCCCGGCACUAGCAAACAGAAGCCGAUUGGAGAGUCUCAGCCGUGUGGAGGGUGUGCCACGUUUGGACAGUAUAGGGGGUGUUAGUGCACCUCCUAGCAGCUUACCCAACAGGCCAAGUUACGGUGUAGUGUCUAAACCUGCUGAACCUCCACCGGAUUUUUCAAUUCAUAAUGAGGACUUUCCUGCUCUCCCUGGUUCAAAUACCUUUAAGUCAGGUAAUUUCUAUCGGAGAGUGCAUGUGAUUGAGUGUUGUAAGAGGGAAAGCAAAGUUAAUGCAACAGAUUAUUAAAAUGAGGGAACUAUCAUAAGCAGUCGUAGAGAACUCGAUUUAAGUAUUAUUACGCUACCUGUAGUGCUGGAGAGCGCGAGGUAUAUACGUGGCAAGGUGCAAUUUCUUUGAGUUUAGCUUGUGAUUGGUUAAGAAAGUAGCGCGAGAUUUUAAGAACUCAGAUUUUAGAACUCAGACUCGAGACCCCAGGAGGGAGAGAAAUAAGAGGCGCCUUUCUAACUGGAAAGGGUGAUCGAUUGUCGAAAAAAAAUCUUCAUUAGUUUUCCAACGUUAUUACUACAAUUCCUUUUAACCCUGAAGCCUCUAAGAGUGACUAGCAUCUAUUUUCUCCUCACAAUAUCACCCCUGAAUCUAACAUUAAUGUCAUGAGAAUAAAGGAAAUGAUCACCGACCAAAGAAACUCUCGAUUGUUCGACAAAUUCUCCUUGUUAGCACCUUAGUAAAUGUACAGAGAACAGUAUGGAGAAUAAAAAUACUGAUGUUAGGGUGUUAGGGUUAGAAAGGAUUAAAAUUUCUGUUUGUACUCACAGAAAGCCAAACGGACAGUUCUGUUCCUCAGGAUCCUUCCAAGCCAUCAGUAAGUACACUGUAGACUCUUGGUUAAAUGGCACGCACUUGUGUUUGUGUGUUGAUGAAUUGUACAAUUUCUAUUGCAGGUUAUCACCGCAAGCUCAAGCAUUUUCCCUGGAACAGGUAGCGUUUUCUUAGUUACUGUUACUUUAUUUCCAUCAGGUUUUUAUCCACAAGGUUCCUGAUGAAAGCAGGGAUGUCAGGGCUCCUUUUGACUGCAGGGAUGCUUUUGGAGCUCCCUACAUGGAAUACCCCGAAUAGUAGAUGUACAGUUUUUCCUAUAUAUUUUCAAACGAGAAGUAACUUGAUUUGUCCUCGCUGAUUUCCUAAUCUUAGAUCUUAGAGGCGGAUCGUCGUAUGAACAAGCGUUGAAAGAUGUUGCAAAGGACGCCCGGUAAUGACCUUCUUACUUCACGAUCUAAGCGGCCUCGCCACUGUAGCCUAUUCUAGUGUUCAUAGAAUGAAGUGGCGAGGAGUAUUGCUACUCCUCCAGGAUGUGACGAAGGUGACGGGUCUAUUGCCGGUUACCCUUCAGCAUCUCGUCACAUUUCCCUUGUUAUUUGUUAAUACCCAUUUCCUCUCCAGGGCGGAGCAACAGUCCUGUGCAAGUUCGGGAUAUCGUCCAGUCAGGGCUCUAAGUCAAAGUCUACCUUGUAGGCCUGUUGUUUUCUCCCCCUCCCUCAUUUUCUUCAAACACUGAGGUGUUGGGCGCAUGAAAGCUUUGAUUUGCCUCGCUUCCCCUAAUUUCAAAAAAGAGUUUCUUUGAUCGCGAGACAUACUUAUCGGUUUCUUGUUAAAGAUUUCACCAAACUAUAGCCAGUUCGGAGGCUGCCUUAUUCGCAAGUCAAGUUGCUCACGAAUCCCAUUCAGACCUGGAGGAAAUUUCAAAAUCUCGUUCGCUCACAACGCCUUCGAGAUAUCAGUAUAACCCUAGUUUCCGUGACAGUAGAGGGGUACUGUAAAAGGCGGGUGUGGUAUGGAGAGACUACGAGAAUGUUUUAUGCCUCUGAAAAUAUGUGCCUGAAACGAAAUGUUUGACAUUGAAAGCUAGAGUAGACCGGCUAAUGUACAGUUUUUACUUUUCUGACGAAGAUUCGCGACAGCAGAGGCAAAGGCGAAUUCGACAAAUCACAAGCAACCACCAAGAGGAAUUCAGACAUCUCCUUCAGGUAAUGAUCAAGUGGCGGUUUUAUUUUCCUGUAUCAGCAUUUGGCAAAGGUUCAUCCUUCUCCUAAAACAUAAUAGUCCAGGUUAGGUUUCUGAUGGACUCCGCCUUGGUGUUGAUUGGUCUUUGAGUUUACUUUAAUUUGGGUUUAGGACGCUCAAUCGAAAGACACCGCGUGUAUAUGUUAUUCUCACCACUCUACCUUUGUAUUUCAGGUAUGAUCUCAAACAUUCCAAAAGGAAUGGUAACGGAUCAAUUUGGAAUGAUAGGAUUGUUAACAUUCAUUAGAGCUGCAGAAACAGAACCAAAUCUUGUGACGUUAGCGCUCGGGAGGUAAGUGCAACAGAGUCAUGCGUUCUCUGCUACCCAGUUUCCGACUUCAUAGCUGUUAUCUUCUCGGAGUUUACUUGACAGUUGUGUUUUUUCUUAUUCUUUAGUGACCUCACGACGUUAGGCCUUAACUUAAAUUCACCAGAGUAAGUAGAAAAUAUUUUGGAGCAUGUUUGAUUUAAAAUUUAUGAAAUAAUUAUUGUUAUUAACCCCUUAUCUCUUAGCUUAACUACUCCGCAGAUAAUGUCUAUGUAUUAUUCACCAAACUCUGAUAUGAAAAUAGACAAAUUUGUCAGCCAUAGGGCACUAUUUUUGUGAAAUCUCAAUUUCUGCUUACCUUCUUACGACGAAAGGAACAAUGACGAGCAGGAAGAUUUUUUUAAAUAUUUUGUUAGCUAAAGGACGGAGUUUAAGGAUACAAUUUUUUUUCUUCGGUGGUUUGCGGCAAUUUUGAAGAAAUUUUUCUACCAUUUAUUUUGAGGGGCUAUCUUUUGCGAUAUGUAGUCCGUGAAAUUUACCAGUACACUACAUCAAAGUGCCAAACAAUCAAGUUAAAUUCAAUGUAGCCAUUAUUUCUAAUGUACAUAUAUAUAUCAGUUUUUUCUUUUGGGGGGGGGGGAAGGGGGGUUGUUGGUCAAAUUGACUGUACCUUUUAUUCAUUUUUUUUUCUUGGGGGGGGGUUGGGAGUAAAGGAGUGAAGAGUUAGGGUAUCUUCCUUUCACUUAUUUUAAUGCUAAAACUAUUUGUGAAUAAUUUACGUAUUGACUACUACUUUUUUGUCGAUGCAAUUAAGGAGUCUUUAUCAUACGUUUGGUUCACCGUUUGCGGACAGUCCGUGUAGACCACAUGAAAUAGGUAAGGCUUCAAAGGAAUGUAUACUUUUGAAAAUGCCCAAGGAAACUUUAUUGAUUUUAAAUCCCUUUUGAAUCCGUCCCGUUGCAAAGAUUAGGACAGUAAUUGUUGAAAGGAUUUGCUGUAAAAACCGAAAGAUGUCAAAGCUUAACGAACAUGUGACAGUUUUUGUCACAGACCCUUUAUUUUUAAGACAAGAACUGUCAAGUUUAAUAUUUAUGAUCAGUAAGAUCAGUUCUGGAGCAAAACUUUACUGUGUUUUCUCCAUAGACUAUCAUGUGCCCUCGGAGUACCGGAUAAACUCAUUUAUCAGGGACAAGGUAUAGAACUGUGAUGAAUUGAUGUUGUAGUGAAAAACUGCUGUUCAAACAGGCCUGUUUAGCUAACAAAGCGUUCCGUCCAACUUCGAUAACCCUUAUUACUUUAAAGUCUCAAUAUUGUCUUUGUUUUUCCUUAUUUUUUUUUUCUCUUUGUGAGGUUUACCAGCUUUUUGAGGUCUGUUCAUAUUUAAUCUUUUUUAAAUAGUAAUAUUUUUUCCUUUUGUGUUUUUGCAGCUUGCACCCAUUAAACUCAGUCGGUAUACCGAGGAUUUGCUCUUCUAUCUCUAUUACACGAAUGGAGGAGAUAUUCUCCAACUUGCAGCCGCAGCUGAACUGUUAGUAUAGACAAUUUGUUUUUACCCUCCUAGUUCUUUAGGAUGAUUCCUUUUUAACUGGUGUGCUGAGUGUGAGGUUCCCCCAACGCAAUCCCUAUUUGUGGACAGAGGAGACUUCGUUGUCGAAGAAACUAUACCUUUUUAACUCCUGCAAUUGAAACUUAACCUUUUCUUCUUAUUUGUGAAGUCAAGACACGGCUUCUAUCGGCCCUCUUUUACUGCUAACCGAGCGCAACUUGAUCAUUCGCGUUUUACUGUGUUUCUGGCCGGUGACUUGUACCAAAUUUAAGUUCUGAUUGGUUCCGUGCUCUACGUCCCUUUUAUCUGAUUGGUUUACGUAAUGAGUUUGGUUUUGGUUUUCAAGUCCUCGGCUCAAAAGUGCACAGAUGCUCACGUGUGUAACGCGUCAUCUUAAUGCUUAUUGGUUAUCCUCUUUAGGUAUGCACGUGAUUGGCGUUACCACAAAGACGAAAGACUAUGGUUGACACGUGCUCCUGGUGUUGAUCCUCAAGUAAAAACGAAUUCAUACGAACGAGGAACAUACUACUUCUUUGACUGUAGUACGUGGAGGAAGGUUGCGAAGGAAUUCCAUUUGGAAUACGACAAGCUAGACGACAAACCUACACUGCAGUCUGUAACAGCACAAUGACAUCUUUAGCCUAGCUACGUAUUUGACUUUGAGAGCAAGAACUUUCUGUGUGAAAAUGAUUUAUCUUGUACACUGUCUCUGAAAUAAUAUUUUGGUCGUGUUUAAUACUUGUAAAAAGCUAUUCGAGAUUUGUGAUAUACCAGAUAUCAUUAAAGAGACUUUUGAGCAGUU